AUGACUUCUUCCUUUGCUCCAGCACCGUCGGCGGCGAGCGCAAAAAUUACUGGAGCGGCACUCAUCGCACGAGCACUUCACCAACUCGGCGUUAAAGUCAUAUUCGGUCUGGUCGGAAUCCCCGUUGUUCAAAUUGCAGAAGAAGCUAUCGCUCUAGGUAUCAGAUUCAUUGCUUUUAGAAACGAACAGGCUGCAAGUUAUGCUGCAACAGCAUAUGGCUACCUCACCGGGAGACCUGGCGUCUGUCUCGUGGUUGGUGGGCCGGGUGUUCUCCACGCAAUGGCAGGAGUAGGGAAUUCCUCAGCCAAUGUUUUCCCUCUGCUGUUGAUUGCUGGGUCGAGUGAGACUCAUCUGGUCACGAGGGGAGCUUUCCAGGAACUCGACGCGAUAUCUCUGCUCACUCCACAUACCAAGACUGCUGUUCGUCCGGGACUUGAUGCAAUCCCUCGCUCGAUUUCUGACGCUUUUCGGACGGCAUAUUAUGGGAGACCUGGGACCAGUUUCGUUGAUCUUCCGGCAGAUGUCAUUCAAGGGCUCAAGGAAGAAACACAACCUUUGAAGGUACUUCCAGCUGCACCUCGUGCAGGAGCCGACCCAGAAAGAAUUGUAGAGGCUGCUGAGCUAUUGCGGGCAGCUAAGGCGCCACUCGUCGUUGUUGGCAAAGGAGCAGCAUAUGCCAGAGUAGAACAAACGAUACGCCAGCUUAUCGACCAAACGAAGAUGCCUUUCCUCCCAACACCAAUGGGUAAAGGAGUUCUGCCCGAUUCCCACUCCUCCAACGCAGCUUCAGCACGAUCAACUGCUCUCAAAAACGCAGAUGUAGUUCUCGUUCUUGGAGCCAGAUUAAACUGGGUCCUUCACUUUGGAGAUGACCCAAAAUGGAACAAGGAUGCUAAAUUCAUUCAAGUCGAUAUCUCGCCCGAGGAAAUUGGCAAGAACGGGGGAAAUGCAGACCUGGGCAUCAUCGGGGAUCUUAACAUCGUCGUGUCCCAGCUUUGUAUCACACUUCAAGGAUGGACUUACGACACUGACUCCUCGCCGUAUAUCCAGACGCUCCUCGCCAGCAAGCAGAAGAAUGAAGGCAACGCUGCAAGACUGGCCAAAAUCAACAAGACGCCAAUGAGAUAUCACCGCACGUUCGACAUUAUCAAGAAAACUCUCCACCGUCUUUCUCCCCCAGAAGACGGCAAUAUUGUAUACAUCUCGGAAGGCGCGAAUACAAUGGACAUCUCACGCAGCGUCUUCCCCGUCGAGGAACCCCGACUAAGACUCGACGCCGGCACGAACGCCACAAUGGGCGUCGGCCUAGCCUAUGCCAUCGCCGCGCACUCUGCCUACAACCUCCCUAACCCCGAAGGGCUUUCGCGCUCCUCGGCCCGCAAGAAGAUCGUGUGUCUUGAAGGCGACUCCGCGUUCGGCUUCUCGAUGCCGGAAGUUGAGACGAUGGCGAGAUAUAGCAUGGAUGUCUUGAUCUUCGUGAUAAACAAUGGAGGGAUAUAUCAUGGGGAUUGUGAUGAUGCUGAUGAGUGGUUGAAGCUACAGGAGAAGAGUAGGGAGGGACAUGCAGGGUUGCGGAGUACGAGUUUGGGGUAUCAGGUUGGGUAUGAGAAGAUGGCUGAGAUGUGUGGGGGGAAGGGGUUCUUGGUGCAUACGCCGGAGGAGUUAGAGAGGGCUACAGAGGAGGGCUUCAAGGCGAAUGUCCCGGUUGUAGUUAAUGUUAUUAUUGAGUCAGGGGCGGGGAGUAAACUUGAGUUUGCUUGGCAGAAGAGUGCGAAGAAAGAGGGUGAGUAG